AUGCGUGUGCAGCAUCACCUCCAAGCAGCUAAAGAAGCACGGUUGGAGAAAUCACACACACCAGAAGAGUUGAAGACACCACCCCCAAAGCUUAGCAUGAGAUCACCCGGUUCCACCCCGCCGCCACCUCCAGUGCCCAAGUCUGACGCACCCCAGGUAGGAUCUGGUGAGAAGGAGAAGGAGGUCCCUGACACCUCACCCGAGUCUGUCAGCUCUGAAAGCCCUGUGUGCUGUUCACAGCGUGAAUACUUUGGUCGAAAGGGUCAGUCGUGGUGGGGGCCUGGUCAUCAUGACUACCCUGCUGAGUCUUGGUUUUGGGAUCCAUACAAGAACAGAUAUGUUGUCACUCAGGGUGACCGCUGCUGGUUUGAGUACCCGGAAGAAUGGGGUCAGUCUUGGUGGGACCGCUCAUGCUCUGACCAGGAUCCAUCUGACUUCGAAGAGUGCCUGAAGCAACUUGAUGAGUCCCCCAAAGAUACCAACACACCCCCGGGUGGUGAUGAUGACAAUGUGAGGGAUGCCUUGGUCACUCGCAAGCCUACCGUCUAUUCCCCUGAGAGCCCCAUGGAGGUUGAACCAGGGUUGAAUGAAGAGGCGUCUGAAGGACCAGCUGGGGAACCCGACCAUGAGACAGAAACCCCAGGUGAUUCAGCUCGUUCAAAGCCUGGCAAGUCAGAAGCUUGGAGGUUGGACAAGAAGGGCAACCCCAUCAGUCCAGAGGCCCUCUACAUGAGGUUCUACAGGCGUUUGCGCAGCCCAAAGGAAAACAUCCCAGAGGAGGUGAUGCAGAAGAAGGUGGAUGCCGAAACAAGUGCCAAUGGCAAAGCGAAGAUGCACGAGCUGUACACCCUGUGGUUGUCCUGCAAGGGCAUUUGGGCUGAGUGCUCCCUGGUCAUUAAGGCCACCAAAUCUAAGUCCCAGGAUGCCGUUGAGACCUAUGACUUCUUGGUCAAGAAAGAUCUUAUCAAGGAGCUAGGUGAUGAGACGUUAGCCAAGGAUUUGAUGGAUCGUCAUGUUCAAGCGGAAGCAAAGCUUAACCCGAAGCAGAAAGGGGUGCCAAAGCCGAAGAAGGAAAAGAAGGAGAAAACAUCGAAACAGAAGUUGGAGCAGGCAAACAAUGCUGCCAACCGGCACUUGACGGAGUCCAUUGAGCUGUCCACCAAGUUAAACUCUGCUGGGCCAGAGCUUGUGAGUGAUGCCUACAAAGCCGCUUUGCAGAAAGAUCUCCAACACUCCUCGUCUGAGCUGCAGUCUGCCAAAGGCAAUGCAGUCAAGAGCCUGGCGCAGGAGGACGAUGCUGACCAUCUUGCCCAUUUCACGGCAUUGGGUAAAGCCAUUGAUGCUUUCAAGAAGCUUGCCGUCGCAGUGAAAGCCCAUAUCAAGCCAAAGGCUGCCGCAAAAAAGGCAGUUCGUAGGCCACCAAAGAACUUUGCAGUGGACAUCGGCUUGGUGAUGCCUCUGGAUCUGCUUCUUCAUCUGCAGGAUUUGCGGCCCACCUGUGUCAUGGACAAAUUGGGCAUCUCUGUAACUUUGUACCCUAUUCUGAAGAGGGCGGAGCUGAGUCAGGCACUUGGAGCCAUGCUGCAGCAAUGGCCAGGCGAGGCAAACGCAGCAUUUGCGGUGUGGUUUUGCCGAGUGGCAGCGAUUGACAGAGGUGUUUCCCUAUUACCUUACGCUCGAACGGGCUCAGCUACUUCCAUGGCCCCAAAUAUGGAGGAACGAGUGUUGAAGCGUUCUUUGCUGAAAGUUGUCACAGCUUGCCAUGCUGAAAUAAUGGGCCUGGGUACCUGGGAGAGAGGGUUCUGGGAGUGCUUGGGUAAUGGGAAAAAUAGUUGGGACACCCAAAGCGGAAUGGAUCGGACAUCUUUACAAACAAGGUAG